AUGAAUCGAUAUUUAACUGCUGUUCAAUUGGGUCACACAAAAUUUGAAUUUCCAUUUAUCAGUCAAUCGUCAACUGAUUCACCAGAAAGUUGUAUUUUCUCUCAAAUAAUCAAUUUUGCAUCAUUUGUCUUGGUAAUAACAAUUUAUAUUCGUUAUCGUCAAAUAUUACAAUUGAUUCGGAAUAAUCCAACAUGUGGAAAUAAAUUUUGGUAUUCAAAUCAAGCUUUUCUCAUUUUUGGCAUAUUUACAGCAUUUGGAUUAAGUGUUAUUUCUAAUUUUCCCCAUGCUAAUGUGUAUACUGUACGAUUAGCUGGUAUAUAUUUAAUGUAUAUAUCGAGCAUAUGUUGUCUCUAUUGUGAAGUGUCACUGUCACUAUGGAUUCGUCCAUUGCUCUAUUAUACAAAAUUAAUACCACUAUUGAGAGUAUUUAUUUGUGUUGGCAUAUUUCAAAUGAUAACUGUUGUUAAAUAUAAUAAUGAGAAGAAAAUGUGGUCAUCUAAAGAUCCGGGUUGGACGUACUAUGUUACAACAACAAUAUGUGCAUGGAUUUUAACAUUUUUCUUACUCUUGUAUGUUUUAACAUUUAUCAUUGAUUUUCGUCAAAUCAAAAUUAUGUCACCAAAAAUAUUUCUUACACAUGAUAUUGUCGAAGAUGUUUAA